AUGGAAGGCCACCAAUCUACCAUGAUAACACCUGAGUCCAUCAUCGAGAUACCGAAGUUCGAAGGCCCUUGGCCUGAUUCUUCAGGGAGGCGCUUUCUCUAUAUUGAGCGAAAGUUUUGCUCAGACACCCAUAUCACUACUGCAAAACUAUCCCUGCUCCAUGUCCAGAGUGACGUCAUCCAAAUUCUUCGUGAAGGGCCACAGAUCCAAUCCGCUUUCUGGGCAGAAGGAUCGAACUAUAUUGUCCUUUUCGAGUCGACCAAAGCCGGGAAUAGUAAAAUUUCUGUCCUGUGCUUAGAUAAUGACGAUGCGCCGGUGAGUUUCGCGUUGGCUGGAACUCUGCCGGGCGAAGUGAGCGGGCUGGGAGGUGUAGCAAUAUCGGACCAGAAGAUUACUUUGGCUUUUUCAGCGAUGGCGGCAUCCAACGGUGAAAUCUAUAACGCUAACGAUGCACCACACUCGUGGUCCUCCGGUCGUGAAUAUACGAGAAUGCCUGUGCGCACCAGUAACGCAUGGAUUACAUCUGAAAAGCUAUCGGUGUUUUGCACUAUUUUGGACUUCUCAGGAGGUUCACCUUGUAUCGGUGAAUUAUUUAAUACUCUCUCUGAAACUGAUCAAGAGCAUAAGACUUUUGGGGGAAUACAUCUCACAAAACAUGGAAUUGCCGUUGUGGCUGGAGCCCACUUACCAAAUAUCUCAGAGAUACCAUUGGCCGAAGUCUAUUACAUUCCAAUGGCUGCAGUGGUCCAACACGAUCUGUCUGCGCGGCAGAGACUACAAACUCCUGGAUUCAAUGGGUUUUCCAACUCUCCGCAGAUCUCUAAGGACGGUGAAAGGCUCAUUUAUUUGCAAAAGAAAAUUUCAUGGUUAGAGGAUGAUACAAGCCUUCUUGUCAUUUGUGAGGGUCUUAAGUCUCAAAACAGAAAACUAAGGUUCUCAAUCCAUGAGCUUCGCCGCGAAGAUGGCUCUUCCAAGAUGCUGCUUUCUCCGCUAAGAGUCUGUUUUACGGCCGACGAGACCUCCGUGUUCUUAAUCUCUGAAGACCGGGCUGAACUUCGGCUAUUUCGUGCUUCAUUAUCCGCGGGGGAUAGUCUCAUAGCAAAGCCUCUGACUAAGGGAUGGUCAAUUGAUGCUUUACACGUUUUGCCGGGCUCAGUUACAUCCAUAUUUGUUGCCGGAAGCACAAUUAAUCUCUCCCGCCGCUGGAUGAUCCUGGACACGGAAAGUCUGACUCUAUCUCCUAUUAAGGAAGGAACACAGGAGGAAAAUGAUUUGAAACUUGACAAGACCACAUUCGAGUCCAUUGAAUGGCCUGGUGCGGAUAACGUGCCAGUUCAAGCAUGGUUGGUAAAGCCACGAGAUUUCGACUCUAACAAGCAAUACCCCUUGUUGUAUUGUAUACAUGGUGGUCCUAAUGCGGCUUUCAACAAUAGCUGGGCAUCCGGGUACUGGCGCAAUUGGAACUUCAUCCUGUUGGCAGAGCAGGGAUUCAUAGUCGUGGCGCCGAAUGCUUCUGGGUCGUCGGGCUUUGGGGCAGAAUAUGCUAAACGAGUGGUCAAUGACUGGGGUGGAAAGUCUUAUAUCGAUCAUGUUAAGGGUUUCGCAUAUCUUCAGGCUGAGCUCCGGUAUGUUGAUACAGAUAGAGCCAUCGCGCUCGGAACCAGCUUUGGUGGCUUCAUGGUGAACUGGAUCCAAGGCCAAUCACUUGGACGUCAGUUCAAGGCCUUGGUAUCCGAAUGCGGGUUUAUGAACACUUCCACGCAAUAUACAUCCGACUUGAUCUGGUUUGAAGACCAUUUGGGUGGUCCCAUGUAUAAAUCUCGAAAUGGCUACGAUAAAUUCAACCCCAUCAAUCAUAUUGAGAAUUGGUCAACACCUGCUCUGAUCAUCUCCAAUGAACUGGAUUAUCGAGUUCCCAUUCUUGAAGGCCUCGCGGCGUUCCAAAUUUUGCAAGCAAAAGGAGUUGAAAGCCGUUUUUUGAGCUUCUCCGACGAAGUUUCAUACUACAUCGAAAUUGUCCGAAGCGCCCCCUCAUCCUAG